CAUAAAAGAUCAGUCUCAAACUCUCCUAACAGUAACCCUCAGAAAAAUGGAACCGCUGUUAUGCCAACACCACCUAAAUUACCUAAAUCCGCUUGUGUAUCUACGAGUCAACAAGAGAAAACAACUCAAAAGCCCCAAAAAGAUAAUUCUGACAAGAAGAAUCAACCAUCAACUGCUAAGAAAGUAGAUGAAUCGGUCAAAAAAGGACAGAAAGAGGAAUCCGAAGAAUUAAGAAAACUCUCAAAUAAUUCGGACAAGAAGAAUCAACCAUCAACUGCUAAAAAAGUGAAUCAAUUGGUCAAAAAAGGACAGAAAGAGGAAUCCAAAGAAUUAAGAAAACAGACUAAUGACUUGAUGGUUAUACCUCAACACACCUGUUCAAAUUUACAGAAUACUGUAAUGAAUGAUGCAGUUUACCAGGGGUACUUAGACAGAAAGUUUACUUCAACUGACAGGAUUAUCAGGAUUUUUACUAGUAGUACAUUUACAGACACUAAGCAUGAGAGAAAUAGAAUGAUGGAAACAACAUUUCCUCGCCUUAGAGAAUACUGUCAGCAGAGAGGUUUUGAGUUCCAAAUUGUGGACAUGAGAUGGGGAAUAAGAGAUGAAGCUACCAAUGAUCACAUGACUACGGAAAUCUGUCUACAAGAACUCGAUAACUGUCAGAAAUACUCUGCUGGACCUAAUUUCUUGUCACUGUUGUCUCAUAAAUAUGGAAAGCGUUCACUUCCAAGACAGAUUCCUGCAGAAAAGUAUGAGAAAAUAUUCAAAUGCAUAGAUUUGAGUGAUCAAAAACAGCUUUUGUCAAAGUGGUAUGUAAAAGAUGACAACUGUGUUCCACCACUAUAUAUCCUUCAACCAAUCAGCAGUCAUCUGCCAGAAUUUAUUGUAAAACAAAACAAAGAGAAACAGAAUGCAGCUAAAGAGCAAUGGUGGAAAGAAAGUGACAUGAUGUUUGAUAGCUUAGUAACAGGUGCAGAGAAGGCUUUAACACAAGAGGAGGCAUACACAUUCAAAAUUUCAGUUACCCAUACCGAGGUCAUGAGAGGAUUAGCAGAUCAAAAACUUGGUGAGAAAUGUAUCUGGCUGAAACGUAAUAUUACAGAUAUUGAAAAGCAGGAACCUUCCAAAGAACUGUCAAGAUUUACAGAAUGUACUGGUCCUGAAGAAAAAGUCAAAACAUUCAAAACAUUGUUAGAAGAUUUAAAAGGAGAUUUGUCAAGGAAAUUACCUUCAGAGAAUAUCCUAUCUUAUAACAUUACAUGGCAAGAAAAGGGAUUGAAUCCAGGUUUUAAAGAACACAGUGAUUACCUAGAUAAAAUCACUGAUGAUGCAGAAAAGAAAUUAAAGCAGUUAAUAGAUAACACGAUUAGAGCCGACAAGAAGAACAAACAGGAUAAUUUACGUCUUGAAGUCAAACAACAUCUCGUGUUUUGUCAGUCAAAAUGUGCCGAUUUUAAAGGCAAAAAAAAUACUUUAGAGGCAGUACACAACUAUAUUAAAAGUGACAAAAGACAUCCUCUUGUUAUCCAUGGAGAAUCUGGUAGUGGCAAAACAUCACUUAUGGCCAUGAUUGCAAAAAAAGCUAAUGAUUGGCUUGAUGGGAAGGCAACUGUUGUCAUAAGGUUUCUUGGAACAACUCCGAAAAGUUCCAAUCUUUUUGAAUUGUUAUGUAAUUUGACAGAACAUAUCAGUGUAGCCAAAAACCUGGAACGUCUAAAUCCAAAGAGCAUCGAAGAAGCUUUGUCUAUUUUUCAACAGACUAUAGCAGGAACAGCAACAUCCGAACAUGAUAUAACAGAAAGAACACAAUCAGAACAGGAUAUAUCAGGAACAACAGAACAUGGAAAAAUGAAUAUCACAAGUCCUUUAGUCCUAAUACUGGAUUCCCUUGACCAAUUGGACCCUUCCUACAAUGCAAGAGGAAUGAAGUGGUUACCACCAUUUAUAGGCAAUCAACAUGUUAAAGUUAUAGUAUCAACCUUAGAAGAUCAAAAGUAUGAAGCAUUUCCUAAUCUCAAGAGUAAAGUUCCAGGUGAAAGUUUUAUUCCUGUGGCAACUAUCCCAAAAGCUGAUGUGAAAUUAAUUUUGAAUCACUGGUUGAAAAGGAAAGAACGAAGAUUGACGCAAGAACAGGAAGUUUUGCUGUAUAAAUCAUACGAUCAGUGCCCUGUUCCAUUGUAUCUGAAUCUUUGUUUUUUAAAAGCUUCUCAGUGGACUUCUUAUAUUGAUGUUUCAAGCAUCCAGUUGUAUCAGACCGUGAGGGAAGCUAUUAAUGGUCUAUUUGCUAAACUUGAGAAACUUCAUGGAUAUGAUUUCGUGUCUAAAACUUUAGGAUAUCUAACUGCAGCAAACCUAGGAUUGACUGAAACAGAAUUAGAAGACAUAUUGGCUUGUGAUGAUGAUGUGUUAAAUGAUGUGUAUGAGUAUUGGACACCACCUAUCAGAAGACUUCCCCCAUUACUACUGGUGCGACUUCGACAUGACCUACAACAAUAUUUAGUUGAGAGAGGAGCAGAUGGUGCUACUGUUAUCUACUGGUACCAUAGACAGUUUAUUGAGGCAGCACAGGAUAGGUACUGCAGAGGAGAACCCAGUGUUACAAACCUUCAUACUGCUUUGGCAGACUACUUUUUAGGAACUUGGGCCAAUGGCAAUAAAAAGCCGUAUGUGAACAGAAGCAAUGAGAGUGGAUUAGCUGACAGAUAUGUUGUUGCCCAGCCAAUCAAAUAUGGCGAUACAUACAAUUUAAGGAAGCUGAACAACCUUCCAUACCAUCUUUCUAUGUCAAAAAGGGUUACACAAUUGAAGGAUGAAUGUCUAAUGAACCUACCAUUUAUAUAUACCAAACUAGAAUGUUCUUCUGUAAGGUCAGUGAUAGAAGAUUAUGAGAUUGCCAAAAAGAUGAUCAACGAUCAACAGUUAAAGCUUAUUUUACAAGCUCUCCUUGUAUCAGGGGAAUCUUUUUUGUACGAUACAAGCCAGUUCUCACAACAAAUGUUCCUAAGACUUAAAGAUAACAAGGAAUUACAGAUCUUUACUGAUGCAUGUAUGCAGAGAGAUGUUACCUACAUGUGUCCUGAUAGUGAUUUAUUAGUGAAGGUUGGAGGACCAUUGGUUUAUGCUGCAGGUGAACACGAAUUUAAUGGUCCGGCUAAAAUGAGUGUUGAUAUCAAGAAGAAUGGAAAGAUAGCUGUUACUUCUUCAUGUUCGGACCAAUCGUUAUGCCUGUGGGAUGUAAAGAAUUAUAGGCUUAUCCGAAUCCUGGAGAAGAUAGUUUAUUUUCCAGUUACAGUAAAUUUUGUCGCAGAUGAUUCUCUCAUACUGAUUUAUUCAAAGGCAUUUAAAUCAACAAAUUUGUCAGUAGUUACUGAAUUAGGAGAAAAAAAAUACUCUUUUUCUUUUGAUGCCUUUAGUGGUUAUUGUAUCUGUGGUUCAAGUAAAGACAUACUUGUUGGAUUUAUGAAGAGUAAUGUAGUCAACCUUUAUGACAUGAGAACUGGCAAAAUCAUUGAAGAGAUUAUUAUUCCAGAAAGCGGUAUUGUUUGGGGAUUUGCCUUUCCAAAACAUACAUUUACUUCAGGUUCAGAUAAUUAUGCCAUUUGUACAGCUUAUAGCAAAACCUCUAUAUGGGUCGUUGAUAUAGAAAAAAAGAAUGUCUACUGUUCUCCAAGUAUCAAAUUUCCUUCAAGUAAAAAUGGAUCAAAUUAUUCAACCAUAGAUUAUGCUGCAGUUUCAAAUGAUGGCAAAUAUAUUAUUGCAUCGAAUUCAAACGAUGAGGUGCCUUACCUGUUUGAAAUGAAGACUUUCAAAUUGUGUAGGAAAUUAGGAGAUCCAAUCAGAGUGCGGAUAAAACAUAAUUUAGAAUUACAAGGAUAUUUCAAGCAAGAACCUUUUGGUGGUUAUUUCAAUGAGAAAGAACCUUUUGAUGACCAGUUUUACAAGUUUUCUAUGGAUGGAAAAAAGGUGUAUACAUGUACAGACAACAGCAUAGUUGUGAUAGAUCUGGAAACUGGAAGCGGUCAACAACAUAAUUUGCCCCAUAACGAUGUUAUCAGUUGCUGUGUUUCAAAUGACAUGACAACAUUCUUAACUGUUUCUGGUGAUACAUUUCUUAGAAUAUGGAAUAUCUCCAAGGCAACAUUUCCAGAAGAAAAUCAAUUAGAUAUUGGUAAAUCAAUUGAGUACUUCACGUUAUUACCAAAUGAAAGAUAUGCUCUCACAUGUCUCAGCAUGGCAUCAUUUGAAAAAAGAAUAAUUGUUGUUGAUACAGUCGAGAAAAAAAUUGUGUCCCAGGCAAAAACAGAGGCAAGUUUAAAGAGAGCUCUGUUCGUAAGUGAAAGUAGUGCAGUAAUGUGCUUUACUAAAGACCAUACCAAAGACAAUAAACCACUAGACCUUCAUCUGAUAGAUAUAAUUUCAAUGACAGAGAAUCCGGUACAAUGCCAAAUGUUCAAAGAUUGCUACAACAUAUUGAAAGUUAAUUAUGGAAAAGAAUUUAUGGUUACAACUGGAAAUGGAAAGACUGUGAAAUUUUACAACACAGAGACACUAAAGGCAACUUAUACAAUUGAGCUACCAGACUCUGAUUUAAGGGAUGCAGACUAUAAAUUAAAUAUUGAUGGAACCAUGGUAGCCAUGAAAGAAGAUGAUGAUACGAUUGUUGUGGUAGAUGUUGAAGCCAGGACAGUUGUAAAGGUGAUGGUAGAUGAAUUAAGAAUGAAGUUUGGAUUAAACUUGUCUGACUCGGUAUCGCCAAAAUUGGUGCCAGAUAAGAAGAGCUUCAUAGUCUUUUCUGGUGAAAAAGAUAACAUACCGACUCAUUUUCUGUAUGACUUUAAAAAAGAGAAGCUGAUAAAAGAACUUACAGAUUUUGAUUUCCUGGAAAAGGCAUUAAGAGAACAUGAAAGUAUUCAUCCGAGUAAUUGUAUUCUCCUUGAUGAUGAUAUUAUCUUGUCUACUCAUUUUGAUACACUCAUGCGUGUCUGGUCUACAAAAGAUGGUUCUCUACUGAAACGAGUCGCUGGACAUAGACUAAGAGUUCAUAAUCAAUCUUAUGGAGAUAGAUCAAAUUAUAUUUCUAUGUAUUACACUCCUCAGUCACCAUUUAUAUUGACUUGCGAAAGUGAUAGGACAACAACUCUUCGUCUCUGGGAUAAGAAAUCAUUCUUGCAGUUAUCAUCUCUUACCCUUGAUAAAAAGAUUGUUGAUAUUAAAUUGAAUAGUGAUGGUCUAUCAUUUGUGAGCUAUAGUGAGGAUCCCAAUGUUAUUGUACGAUGGACAAUAGAAGGAGCCAAUGUGGGGAAAAGUAGUUUAUCGAAGUAUCCUGCGAUAUUUAAAGGAAAUGUGAAUGACUCUGAACAGAUACCAACCUUGAAAUUUAAGAAUAAUAGUCCAGAUAACAGUGACCUCAGUAGCGACAAAGAAAAUGAUUAAGACUAGUUAACAAAUUACAGGAAAACCGAGAACGUCACAUUUUAAGGAUUGAUAUAUAAGUAAAAGUACUUCAUUCAAUCAGUAUUAUUUAGAAAAAAGAAAAAAAAGCAGAAAUCUGAAAUUUAAAGAAUUGGAGAAUCGAUCUGAAUGAAUUUUAAAUAAAACCUUUGACUCAGCAUUACUUUCUUAAACGUUUAUUUAGCAGAUUUAGAUUAUCGUCGACAUCGAUCCUACAGAAUCCCUCAUUCAGAUAUUGAGAAAGAUUAUAUAGAUUGAGAUAUUGAAAUGUUUUUUUAAUUUAUUUUUACAGAUCUAUAUUUCACUGUUUAUUCUAACAUUAAUUUUGUUCAUAAAUAAAAGAUAGAUAUAGUAUACCAUA